UAAGUGAAAGCGUGUGCGGCGCACGGCGAGGAAGAAGAGCCGCAUGCGUGAUGUGUGGUUGUGUAGAGGUGGCUAGGUCGUACGCGGUGGUCCUAGGUAAUAGUAGCCAGACAACGGUUCGAUUGCCGUCUUGGACUUUUUGACUCUUACAACGCAGGGGGGGACAAAACAAAGCUACCGACGUCUCAACGCCCUGGACAGCAGCAAAAUGCCGAAUAUCAAAAUAUUUAGUGGUAGCUCACACCCAGACCUGUCUCAAAAGAUAGCAGACCGCCUGGGACUGGAGUUGGGGAAGGUUGUAACUAAGAAAUUUAGCAACCAAGAAACAUGCGUGGAGAUAGGAGAGAGUGUACGUGGAGAGGACGUCUAUAUCGUUCAAAGUGGCUGUGGGGAGAUAAAUGAUAAUUUGAUGGAGCUCCUAAUCAUGAUCAACGCCUGCAAAAUAGCCUCUGCCUCCAGAGUUACAGCUGUCAUCCCUUGCUUUCCAUAUGCCCGCCAGGACAAGAAGGACAAGGUGGGGAGCCGAGCUCCCAUCUCUGCCAAGCUGGUGGCCAACAUGUUGUCUGUGUCAGGUGCAGACCACAUCAUCACUAUGGACUUACACGCCUCGCAGAUACAGGGAUUCUUUGACAUCCCCGUCGAUAACCUGUAUGCAGAACCCGCCGUGUUAAAAUGGAUUAAAGAGAACAUACCCGAGUGGAAGAACUGUACCAUCGUCUCACCGGAUGCUGGAGGAGCAAAGAGGGUCACCUCCAUCGCUGACAGGUUAAAUGUGGACUUUGCCCUGAUUCACAAGGAACGGAAAAAGGCAAACGAGGUUGACCGCAUGGUUCUGGUCGGGGACGUGACCGGUCGGGUCGCCAUUCUUGUCGAUGACAUGGCAGACACAUGUGGGACAAUCUGCCACGCCGCCGACAAGUUGAUUUCUGCUGGUGCUACAAAAGUCUACGCCAUUUUGACCCAUGGCAUCUUCUCCGGACCCGCCAUCUCGCGCAUCAACAACGCUUGCUUUGAAGCAGUUGUGGUUACAAAUACGAUUCCCCAGGAAGAGAAAAUGAGGCAUUGUCCCAAAAUACAAGUUAUCGACAUCUCCAUGAUCCUCGCAGAGGCCAUCCGUAGAACUCACAACGGCGAAUCUGUAUCGUACCUCUUCAGCCAUGUCCCAUUGUAACGCCGUCCACUGUCGAGCCCAAAAAAAAAAAAAUACAUGGAGCGACAUCCCCACACUCACAACAACAACCAUUAGUGAAGCUCUCCUACCAACUCCACUUACUGUGGGAUAUGGGGGGGGUGGUCUGUUACCUUCACUUUGUACAUUGUCUCCCACGACCGGGGGCACCAAAUGAGCUCCCAGUUGAGGCAAGCGUAUUUAUUGUUCUUUGAUUAAGUGUCUACUGUGCACUUUGUCCGCUUCUCAUAACCUGUAGAGAUCUUAUAACGAACGAGAGACCUCAAGCGUGCCAUCCGAGAUCUCAGGAAGGAGAAUUCCGUGGAAUAGAAAGCUGUUACAAAGAGGAUGUUUUCAUGUAUCCAUCUGAAUGUGUAAACAUUAGUUUAUGGUGCCACCACAAGCUCCACUAAACACCGAAUGCCUCAAGAGUUUGAACUUGCUACUAAUUUUAUUUUUAGGGUGUUUCAUGUAAAAAAAAAUAAUAA